AUGGUUAUCCCCCACCUCCUCCGCCACCUGGUCAACAGCCACCUAGCAGCUAUCUAUCCCCUCCUCAGCAACAUCUCGAUCCUCAUGGGGGGCAGGGGUAUCGAUCUCCUGACCCCUACCCACCAAGCCGUCAGCAGCCUGGUCCAUAUGCGCAAGAACCUCAGUACAGGCAUGCGGAUCCCUACUACUACCAACAGAAGCCCCAAGGGCCCCCAGGCCCGCCGUCAGCCUACUACCACCAGAGGCCCUAUGCCCAAGAAUUCGGACCGCCUCGAGGUGGACCGCAGGUGCCACAGGCAGCUCCCCGUCAGAGAACGUCCAUCGCGUGUAAAUACUGUCGCAAGCGCAAGAUCCGCUGCAGCGGUUAUCACAAUGCGGGCAAAUGUCAAAACUGCGCGCGCAUUAACCAAGAGUGCGUCUUUCAGCCGGUCUCUUCAACCAACGGCGCCGCAUUCAUCCCCGUCUCUGCAGUUCCCGGCGGUGUUCUACCUGGAACCCCCCUUUUUGGAGCAUACGGACAGCCGCUGGCGCCUCAGCAGGGUUUUCUCCAUUCUCCGCAGGGAGGAAACCCCGGACAACAGCAGUCACCGCCGUCGCAGGAUGGCCAGCAUCCUCAGGCUCAACAUCCACAGCAGCCGCCACCAUCUCAUGGGGGCUACUACGCCCAGCAGCAACCACCGCCGCCGCAUCAUCAACAGCACGCGCACCCACGCGCGCACACGUAUCAGCCUCAGUAUCCGCCCCCGCCACAUCACAGCGAGGCCCCUGGCACUGGCCCUGGACCCGGAUCAGGACCAGGCCGACUCGCUUCCACUGCGACGCCUACCAACCAACCAGCGCAGUUUCAAGGACAACCUGGACAGCAAGGUCAACAACAGCAAGGUGGACAACAGGGAGCUCCGGUCAUGA